GUGUGCAAGGUCCUCAAACGAUGUAAUGCGAUGAUUAUCGAGAGGAAGCCUAGUGUGUCAACUCCCAAAGCCGCGCAGAAGCGGCUUAAGCGCAAGACAACACUGGCGGAUAUGAUCAAAGAAAAGCACCAGCCAGAGGCAGAGGAUGAAGA